AUGGAUCCGGUCUUCUCACAGAGGGACAAAGACGAUGAGGCCGACCUGGGGCAGCUGGGGCGGGGCAGAGUGAGGAUGCGAGAGCGCACCCUUUGGGACUACCCGCUGCAGUUCUCCUGGAUGAUGGAGGCGGAGCCCUUCACCGCGCCGCUGCUGCAGGCGGGGGGCUCCGUGGCUGACGUGGGCAUGACGCUGGAGCAGAAGACCACCUUCGCCUUCGUCAUCUUCCUCUUCAUCUUCCUGGGCAUCCUGAUCGUGCGCUGCUUCCGCAUCCUGCUGGACCCCUACCGGAGCAUGCCCACCUCCACCUGGGCGGAUGGGCUGGACGGCCUGGAGAAGGGCCAGUUCGACUAUGCCCUGGCGUAG